UCAGCAUCAACAUCAGCCCGUCUUCUCCUUCUUCUAUUCUGCCCAACACCGGCCGCCGCUCUCCGUCGACACCGCCGCCGCCGGUUACUUUCUCUCCGUCGCCGAUCCUUCGCGCAGCCCUCGUCUCCUCGUCGCCAACGCUUCCUCGUGCAGCCAGGUACUGGAACAAAGAUGGUUAAUGCAAUCAAGGGUUUGUUCAUCUCCUGUGACGUGCCGAUGGCGCAGUUCAUCGUCAAUCUGAAUGCAUCGAUGCCCGCGUCCGAGAAGUUCAUCGUGCACAUGCUUGACCCGACGCACAUGUUUGUCCAGCCUCAUGUGGGGGAGAUGAUCAGGAGUAAGAUUGCGGAGUUCAGAGACCAGAACAGCUACGAGAAGCCGACAUGAAGGAUCGUGUUAUACUGCGGUUCACAGCUUCAUACUCCGUCCAGAGAUGCUCUACAUUUGUGUUUGGGUUUGUAGCUGUGUGGAUUGGUUAGAGUCUUAAUACCAUGUCGCAUUUUCGUGAUGCUCUUGGAUGAUAAUUCUGUAGCAUGAGAGAGUGUUAUGUUUUAUGCGCCUUCUCAGAAUUCCUUUGAUCUGAUAAGAUAUCUGGUGGUGUUGAUACUUUGAUACUGUGAAGAGAAUAAACAUAUCUUCUUAUGAAUUACUCUUCCCA